CAGCCUUGUGUAAACGGCAGAGGAGACGCUUUUUAAGCUUUUUUACUGUGUUACGUACCUUGUUAGCUACUCCAUCUUUACUAGUGUCGUUCAGGACGCGGCAUGUCUCUGAUCUUCUUGUCUUUGUUUCUAGCAAUCAGCCAACCCUUUGAUUGUAGAGUGAAACCUGAAGACAAUAAUAAUAACAGAUAAAAACCAAAUACAAAAAAGUAGUCUUUUUUUUCUUGCCUUUUCAAUGUCUGGUUUGCAUGGCUGCCAUUUUUUUCCACUUGGCAGAAGAAACAUAAAGAAGGCUACUUAAGUUGUUUGGAGGUGCCAAAAAGAGGAAGAGGGUAAUUGAGGAUACAGAAUAAUCAUGGCUUUGUUUCGCAAACCAACCAUGCAAGUAGCAGCUCUUGGUGGCUUCAUUCUUGCUGCAGCUUCAGUCCUUGUUUUGGCAGAUUCAAGUUGCAGAAAUGGAACUGAUAAAGUUGAGGACUUUCACCAUCUGAGAAGGUCACUGGGCUUCAUUUCUGGAAAGGGCAGAGUUGGGUAUCAGCAUGUCUGGCCGGGUAUGGAAUUUGGAUGGAGGAUUGUGGUAGGCACCGUAAUUGGAUUCAUUGGAGCAGCUUGUGGGAGUGUAGGAGGUGUUGGUGGAGGCGGCAUUUUUGUUCCCAUGCUCACUCUUAUCAUUGGUUUUGAUCCCAAGUCAUCAACAGCGAUCUCCAAAUGUAUGAUCACAGGAGCAGCAGCUGCAACAGUUUACUACAAUUUGAAGAUGAGGCAUCCCACUCUUGAACUACCCGUCAUAGACUAUGACCUUGCACUCAUGUUUCAGCCUAUGUUGAUGCUUGGAAUCAGCAUUGGGGUGGCUCUGAAUGUUCUUUUUGCUGACUGGAUGAUCACCAUUCUACUGAUUUUCUUCUUCCUUGUUACAUCAACCAAGUCGUUCUUAAAAGGCGUGGAGACGUGGAAGAAGGAAACCAAAUCAAAGAAGGAGGCUGCCAGAAGCUUGGAAGUCAAUGAAGAAGCUCUCACUGAGGCAGCUCAACCAGGAACCAAAGAGCCAAAGAAAGAGGUCACGAUUCUCGAGAAUGUUUAUUGGAAAAAACUCGGACUUCUUGUUGCUGUGUGGUUGAUUAUACUAGUCCUGCAAAUUGGCAAGAACUAUACAUCAAACUGCUCUUUGGCAUACUGGCUACUGAACUUCUUUCAGAUUCCUGUGGCUGUUGCUGUGAGUUCAUAUGAAGCCAUUGGCCUAUACAAAGGGCGGAGAAAGAUUGCUUCCAGGGGAGAAGUAAGUUCAAACUUGAGAGUGCAUCAACUGCUUUUCUACUGUUUCCUCGGCCUACUGGCCGGUAUAGUUGGUGGAAUGCUGGGGCUUGGUGGUGGGUUCAUCUUAGGCCCUCUAUUUCUGGAGUUGGGAGUUCCUCCACAGGUUGCAAGUGCCACUUCCACCUUUGCCAUGACAUUCUCAGCGUCAAUGUCCGUUGUGGAGUACUACCUUCUGAAGCGCUUCCCGGUUCCUUAUGCUCUGUAUUUCUUUGGUGUGGCCACCAUAUCUGCCUUGGCAGGGCAACAUGUGAUUAGAAAGUUGAUCGCUUUACUAGGGAGAGCAUCUCUUAUCAUCUUCACUCUCUCCUUCACCAUCUUUGUUAGCGCAAUCUUGCUAGGUGGGAUUGGGAUAGUACACAUGAUCAAGAAGAUUGAGGGGAAAGAGUACAUGGGAUUUGAAGACAUUUGUUCGUAAAGCUAUUAGCAGACUAAUGUAAGGGUGCUAAUUUUGAAACCACCCUCUAUUGCCUGCCUGUCUCGUGUAUAGAAAGAAGAAAGAAUACUUCCUUUUAGGUCAUAAGGCAGACCCUCGCUGCAUUUGAGGUUCUGCAGUAACGUUAAAACCUGUAAACUGCCUUUGCGCCAUUACAAUGGUAGCAUACCGAUUGCUCAACCAGCCAACGCUGCUUCUGCUGCAGUGCUCUGUCAACCUGUGGCAGCCUCAGUCCUGGUUUGGUUUUCACAUCAUUGUCUACUCCUUUACUACCAUGGUAGUACAAACAGAUGGUGACACUGGAGUCUUCUCCCCUGCUCUUGCGGCUUACUCCGAUGCUGAUUGUGGAAGGGUAUGCUAUUUGCAUUGUCGCCAACCUGGUUUCUUGGGCUAGUAGUAAGCAGCAAGUUAUGAUUAUUUCUUGGUCUGAUUCCAUGUCUUGUUUAUCCCAAUCAUAGUUUCUUAAGGCGAGAAUGACACUGCCACUUAUUCUCAGACACUAGAAGCUAGAACUCGGAGAGACUACAAACGUACAAAAUAAAAGAAGUUAUAUAUAGCAGAGCAGGAGCACUCUCAUCCCCGUCAUGUUGCUCUCCUCGAUUUUGCUUUCAUUGCAAAAGGCCAUUUUGUGUAGAUGAUAAGCUUGAAUCUCACGAGUACUUUAGAAAUGGAAAAACUCUCGCCCCGCCUUGCAUUCGCCAUCACUUCCGUAAGCUCCAACGGAGUGGUGACAAUAUGGGUCCGUGAUUCAGCCAGCUGACUUAAUAACCUCGACGCGUUGGGGAGAGGUAAUGCUUGUAGGACACGAGUACCAGACAUAAGAAUUAAGAUCCCUCUUGAAA